AUUUUAAAGGGUGCCUCAGGACUGUCCAUAAUUUUAAGGGUGCCUCAAGACCAUAAUUUUAAAGGGUGCCAUAUAAUUUUAAAGGGUGCCUCAAGACUGUCCAUAAUUUUAAAGGGUACCUCAGGACUGUCCAUAAUUUUUAAAGGGUGCCUCAGGACUGUCCACUUUUAAAGGGUGCCUUGAGGCAGCCUGCAGAUAAUUAUUAGAGGGAGAUGGAUUCAAGACCUGUCACUUUGCGGGAGAGC